AUGAAAAACAAGGAUAAUUUAUCUCAAUUUGCCAAAAAAUCUGUAUUUGCCAAAAUUGAUAACUCCAUUAUAGAAGACCAACAGCAGCAAGAUAAUGAUUCUAAAACUGUCGUUUAAACAUUGUAAAUGGAAAUCGCAAACUUUCAAGACGAUAAUGACAAGGAUGAUCUCUCUGACGAUGAUUCUCCCUCCAAUAACAUAGAUUUUACUCAAAUUUACAGAAACGAAAUGGUCGCUGCUGAAUAAAAAGUACCAAUUUCAUAACCGUCUGAAUAAAUUGAAGAGAAUUACCAAGAGAAUUAGUUCAUGAUUAGCAAAGACACCACUUAUUAAAGAUAGGAAAACCAAGCCAUUUUGAAAUAACUCCCUCAAACAACGUAAAUAACAAGCGUAGAACAAACUUAAAGAACAGAACAAGGUUUAUUAGAAAUAUUUAAAAAUAAAAGUAACAAAAUCAUUCCUGAACCACAAAAUAAAGAAUCAUCUCCUAAACAAUAAGAAUUUUACCCAUCUACAAUUUAUGAAAAUUAUUCAUCUCUUUCCUAAAUAUUUCUGAUUCACAUUUUUAAUUACAUGAAGGCAGCUUAACAACUAAUUAAAGUGCAGGGAAUUAAACUCAAUCUCACUCAUCUUCCAAAAUAAGAUGAAGACGAUCAAAUUUAGCCUAAUUUUUCAAAGGCUAAGAAAUUAUUUAAUUUAAAAAUUUCUGAAUAACUAACUUCAUUUUCAUUAUUUAGAACAUUCUUUUUCCAUGACAACAAAUGGCUAACCUUAAAAAUUGUACUCCUAGCAAUGAGUGAAACAUAUUCUAGGUUUGUAAUGUCCAUUCUAACACAAACUCUAAUUGCAGCAGUAAAGAAUGGAGACAGAUAAGAUGCCUUUAUUUAGGCAAUGGUAUUGGGUCUAUUAUCAUUGAUAGCCCUGAUAAGUAAGCAUUAUUAAUUGUAUAUAAUUAACAAUUUUUCAACCAAAAUGAGAAUGAUUUUAACUAAUUUUGUGUUUGAUAGGAUUUUGGAGUUAAAAGGAUACUAAAUUAAUGAGCUUAAUAUGGGUAAAAUUAUGAAUUUGGUAAGUGGUGACAUUAAUGCAAUUGAAUUCUAAUUAAACUUUGUUUAUUCUUUAGCUAUCAUACCAGGUUCAAUAAUAUUUGCGUCAGUAAUUUUGUGGCUAAGAUUUGAUGGUCCAAUAGGGUUAAUUGCUAUUUUGAUAUGUAUCGUGAUCUAUCCGUUGUAAGUUUUUAUUCAGAAGCAAGUUUAAAGGGUUUUGACCCGGGCAAAGUAAAAAUAAGACAACAGAAUUUCUUCCUAAAAUCAAUUGAUAGAGGGAAUUAGACUGAUCAAGAUGUAUGUAUGGGAAAAGGCGUUUUCAGAUAAGAUACAGUUACUGAGAAAGGAGGAAGUAAUUUGCUAUUUCAAGAUUCAUUUUUUGAAUCUUAUUGAUAGAUCAUUCAAUUACAGUGUUCAUAUUUGGGGAUCUUUUCUAUUUCUACUGAUAAUAUACCUCAACGAUAUAUACAUCGAUGUAUCAUCAAUUAUUGGAACAAUUCAGUUGAUGUCCAUGAUCAAAUAUUAUUGCGUAUUUUAGGUCUCCUAUGCAUUCCAAGCAUUUAUGACUCUUAAUGUUAUAUUUUAAAGAGUGGUGCAAAUAAUGACUUCACCUUCAUCUAUGAGCGAGAAGAAAAGGCACAUUUUAACAAGCAUUGAAAAUGGAAACGUAAUCAGAAAAGCAAAUACAAUCCAUAUAAAAGGAAAGCAAUCUGAAAGGAAUACAGUAAAGAUGUAGAGUUCGGUGAUAAAAAGGACACCAUAUGUAACAAUGACAGAAGUAGGGUUGAGAUGGAAGGCAAGGUCAUUUCCAGUUUUGUCAGAUUUAAACAUGGAAGUGAUUCCUGGUCAAUUGAUAGGAUUGAUAGGGAGGGUAGGAUCUGGAAAGACCACUCUUCUAUUAGGAAUAUUAGAGGAGUUACCAUAAAUUGAUGGAGAAUUUUCAGUGAAAAAGAAUACUAGUAUAGCUUUUGUUGAAUAGGAUCCAUUUAUUUAUACAGGGACAGUGAGAGAUAAUAUAUUAUUUGGAAAAUUAUUUGAACUUGAAUUGUACAGGAAAGUGAUGUAGGUUUCAUGUUUAGAUUAAGAUGUGUUAUCAUUUUAAGAUGGUGACAAAACUUAAAUUGGUGAAAAAGGUGCAAAUUUAUCAGGAGGUUAAAGAGCUAGGUUAAGUUUGGCAAGAGCUUUAUAUUCAUUGGCUGACCUCUAUUUAUUUGAUGAUCCAUUGUCAGCAGUCGAUUCCAAAGUAGCCAGAAAGAUCUUUACAUAUGCCAUAAAAGAAUUUAUAUUUAAAUUUUAACCAUAAUACUAAUAAGAAAAACACAAUAAGCAUCAUUAAGCAUUUCAACUAUCAAUUCCUGCUGUAAUUCUAUCGACUCACUAAAUCUAAUUUGCUUUGGAAUGCGACUAUGUAAUCAUAUUAGACAAAGGCACUAUCAUUACUCAAGGUACUUACAAGUAGGUCAAAGAAAGUUUAGCUUUAUUUAAUUCUACAAUUGUAGAGCCUGUUAAGAAAUAAUUAGUCAGAAAAUAAACGAGAUUGGCUACUCUGCUUAACAAAUAAUAGGAAAAAGUGGAAAAAAAAGAAAUUGUUCAAUUAUUUUCAAAAGAAGAAUUAAAUUAGACAGAUGCAAGUUGGAAAACAUAUAAAAGAUAUUUUUCAUACUGGAAACCAGUUUUUAUGAUCGCGAUUAUUUUAGGACAAAAUGUUGCAACAGAAAUCAUCAAUAAUUACUAUUAUAGAGCUAUGGCUUUGUAUGAUGAGACUAAUAGGUCAGCUAAUACUUAAUUAUUUUAUAAUGCUGGAUUAUUGGUGUUAGCUGCUUAUUGCAAUAACAUUAUCAAGUAUUUCCUGAAUAUAGUUGGAGUACUUACAUCCAAUAACCAAAUUCAUAAUUAAAUGUUGAGUAGACUCAUCAGAGCACCUAUCAGUUAUUUUGAUACAAAUCCAUCAGGGAGAUUAAUCAAUAGAUUCUCAACGGAUUUAUCUUUGGCUGACAAUCAAAUUUAAUAGAUUAUUACUGAUAUCUUUGAGCAAGGAUCUCAAUUUUUAGUAUCCUUAGUUACCAUAGCCAUUUUACAACCAUUCUUUUCAUUUCCUUUAGUGUUUACUAUAACAAUGACUAUUGUAAUCUUUUCCAUCACAAGACAAGUUGUGUCACAAUUGAAAGUUUGCGAUCUUAUUCAGAGAUCUCCCUUAUUUGACUAAUUUAAAGUUUGCUUAUAUGGAAUUACUUAAAUAAGAAUCAACAAUAAUAAAGAAUGGGUAAGAGAUUAGUUUAAUAAUUUGUGUAAUCAAUCUAUGCAAGCCAAUCUAAUUUUUUCAUAUUCUUAACGAUGCUUUGGUUUCUAUAUAGAUAUUUUUGGAUAGUUCACCAAUAUUGUGGGAAUCUUCUUAAUCAUUGCUAUGAUUGAAGAUCCAACUUUAUUUUCAUAAGCUCUUUUACUCCUUUCAACCUUUAAUACAUAAGCGGGAACUUUAAGAUAAUUUAUGGCUUUUGAUUCAAUUAUGAAUAGUGUAAAUAGAAUGUUUGAAAUUUGUGAUAUUGUAAAUGAGGCUUAAGUUACUCAGCCCAUAGAUGAGGAUCUUAUGGUAAUGGGAUGGCCUGAACGUGGCAGGAUCUAAUUUUAAAAUGUAGAAAUGCAAUAUAGAACAGAUAUGCCAUUUAUCUUAAAAGGAAUGAGCUUCACAAUUGAAGGAGGAGAAAAGGUUGGAGUAGUUGGAAGGACAGGUGCUGGAAAAUCAUCAAUUAUUCAAACCUUAUUAAGAAUUACUGAAAUAUCUCCUAGUGGUAAUAUUUUCAUAGAUGGAUAGGAUAUCAGAGAGGUUGGCUUGGCUAAACUGAGAUAAGAGGUAGCAAUUAUACCAUAAGUGCCAUUCUUGUUCAAAGCUACUAUAAGAUAAAACUUAGAUCCUCUAAAUUUAUUUGAAGAUUCAAAAAUCUGGAAGGUGCUCAAGGAUACUGGAUUGGUAGAGUAUGUAUUAGAAUUACCAAAUUAAUUAUAAGCAGAGGUUCAACCAGAAUUAUUUUCUAUUGGAUAAAAAUAACUUAUUUGUUUAUCAAGGGUUUUACUAAACAAAAAGAAGAUUCUCAUUCUUGAUGAAGCAACUGCAAAUGUUGAUAUGGCUACUGAUGCUUUCAUUUAGAAUACAAUCAAAGAGAAGUUUAAUGAUUGCACAAUAAUCACAAUUGCUCAUAGACUCAACACUAUUGCUGAUUAUGAUAAGAUUUUAGUACUUGAAGAAGGGAAGGUCUUGGAGUGUGGUCACCCAUUUGAAUUACUAGCCAUCAACACUAAAACGGCUGUGGGAAUUGAUAAAGAAUCAGUUUUUGCAAUGAUGGCCAUUUAGACUGGAGUGAAAAAUGGUUAAGCCAUCUUUGAUCUGGCAAAGAAGGCUUACUUAAAAAACAUAUUAAAAAAUUAGUAUCAGAGAGCUGAAAGUAUGUUAUAAUCAUCCAUACAUUUUAAACAACAGAACUUUACUUCAUCCAUAUUUGAAUCCCAGUAGUUACUCUAAUCAAACACUCCAAGGAAUUAAGUGCAUUGA